CAGUCAAACGCGUAGCUGUGCGCUCAGUGGUUGUCUUUGCGCGCUUGUUGGUUGGUCCAAGCCACCCGGAAGGUUUGUAGUAUCCGUGGCCCCAGAGACAGCUACGCGACGUUCAUUGCAAACUCUGCCACUUUCCCGGACCCCCGCUCUUCUGCUCAACGCGCCGCUCUUACAAGGGAAAGCUCACGGCGCGUCCUAGUAGCCAGCCCUCAUCCUCGUCUCUCUCAUUCAUACCAGGAUGGAUCUGCCCCGCUGAGAGCGCACACGUCCACUUCAGCAGCUGGCAAGUUGGAGUGAAAAACAGGGCAGAGGCACCGCGUCUCUAACAUCCAUUUUUUUUAUCUCCUCUUUAACUUAAGAGUGGUGACAUUUGCGAAAUGUUACCAACCCGACUGUAUCCACGGAGUGUACUCCUGCUCUGUUGUAUCUCCUCCGCCGCUUGCAAUACGUUUGCGUUCACCGAGGAGCCCUUCGACAGAGCCGUGAAGGCGGACAGCUACUGCAGUCGGGUUUUACGGGCUCAGAGCAAUCGGAAGGAGGUCAACAACGAGUUUCAGCUGGAGGUUGAGGGAGAUCCUGAGCGCUACCAGCCGGGGAGCACAUACAGAGUGAGUCUGACUGCAACCAGCCCCUCUUACUUUAGAGGGUUCACCCUCAUUGCCCUGAAGGAGGGUGCAGAAGGAGACAAGGACGAGGACUAUGCUGGAAAUUUCCAGAUAAUUGACGAGGAAGAGACACAGUUUAUGACCAAUUGUCCCCCUGCAGUGACAGAGAGCACUCCUCGCAGGCGGAGCAAUAUCCAAGUGUUUUGGACUGCGCCCCCUAGUGGCACCGGCUGUGUUCUUCUCAAAGCAAGCAUUGUACAAAAGAGGAUCAUCUAUUUUCAGGAUGAAGGUGCAUUGACCAAGCGAAUGUGUGAGAAAGAAUCCUUGUAUGGAGAUGGCACAGAUAAGCCUUUGCUUGAUUGUUGUGCCUGUGGAACAGCUAAGUACAGAGUCACCUUCUACGGGAACUGGUCAGAGAAGAUUCAUCCCAAAGACUUUCCUCGUCGCACCAAUCACUGGUCAGCCAUCAUUGGUUCCUCCCACUCAAAGAAUUAUGUGCUGUGGGAGUUCGGUGGCUUAGCCAGCGAAGGCGUUAAACAGGUAGCCGAGCUGGGCUCGCCCGUCAAAAUGGAGGAAGAGAUUCGACAAAAGGGUGAUGAAGUCUUGACAGUCAUCAAAAUGAAGGCUCAGUGGCCAGCCUGGCAGCCUCUUAAUGUGCGCGCUGCCCCCUCAGCUGAAUUCUCUGUGGACCGAACCCGCCACCUCAUGUCCUUCCUGACCAUGAUGGGACCCAGUCCAGACUGGAACGUGGGUCUGUCUGCAGAGGACCUGUGCACCAAAGAGUGCGGCUGGGCCCAGAGGGUGGUCCAGGACCUGAUCCCAUGGGAUGCCGGCACUGAUAGCGGAGUGUCAUAUGAGUCUCCGAACAAGCCAACUGCACCCCAGGACAAAAUACGUCCUCUUACCAGUCUGGAUCACCCUCAGAGCCCGUUUUAUGAUCCUGAGGGAGGCGCCAUCACUCCUGUGGCAAGGGUCAUAGUGGAGCGUAUUGCCAGAAAGGGCGAGCAGUGCAACAUUGUCCCGGACAAUGUUGAUGACAUUGUAGCAGACAUUGCCCAGGAGGAGAAAGAGGAAGAUGAUACUCCUGAAACCUGUAUCUACUCCAACUGGUCUCCAUGGUCUGCCUGUAGCUCAGCCACUUGUGAAAAGGGGAAAAGGAUGAGGCAGAGGAUGCUGAAGGCCCAGUUGGACCUUAGUGUCCCUUGCCCACAUACUCAGGAUUUUGAGCCAUGCAUGGGGCCUGGAUGUAGCGAUGAAGAUGCUUCCACCUGUAUGAUGUCUGAAUGGAUCACGUGGUCUCCAUGUAGUGUUACCUGUGGGACAGGCAGCCGCUCCAGAGAACGUUAUGUCAAACAGUUCCCUGAUGAUGGCUCAGUGUGCACUUUGCCGACAGAGGAGACUGAAAACUGUGUGGUUAAUGAAGAUUGCUCCCCCAGCAGUUGCCUGGUUACUGAGUGGGGUGAAUGGGAUGUCUGCAGUGCUACUUGUGGUCUUGGCAUGAAGAGGAGAGAGCGGAUGGUGAAGAUGCCUCCUGCAGAUGGCUCCAUUUGUGGGGCAGAGGUUCUAGAGGUUGAGAAGUGCAUGAUGCCAGAAUGUCAUACAAUACCAUGCUUGUUGACUCCAUGGUCUGAGUGGAGUGACUGCAGUGUUACAUGCGGGAAGGGUAUGAGAACACGACAGCGUAUGCUCAAAUCUCCGGUGGAACUUGGAGAUUGUACAGAGGAGUUGGAACAGGUGGAGAAAUGCAUGUUACCAGAGUGUCCCAUUGACUGUGUUAUGUCAGAUUGGACUGAGUGGUCAGAAUGCAACAAGUCCUGUGGCAAAGGUCACACUAUCCGGACUCGCAUUGUGACCAUGGAGCCUCAGUUUGGUGGAGACUCAUGCACUGAAACAAUCCAGAGAAAGAAGUGUAAGAUUAGAAAGUGCAGUCGAGGACAAGGCAACAGUGAUGAGAAGAGACGACGCAAGGAGCAGCGUGAAAAACGAAGGAGCAAACUGGGCAGAGUUGAGGGAGCUUCUGAGCAUCCAGGUUGCAGAAUGAGGCCCUGGUCUAGCUGGACAGAAUGUACCAAAAUGUGUGGUGGAGGUAUUCAGGAACGACUUAUGACGGUAAAGCAGAAGUAUAAGGCUGCCCAGUUGUCCAGUUGCAAGGACAGGAAGGAGAUCAGGGCAUGUAACGUCCAUCCCUGCUAGGAUGAAUGCAUAAAAGGAAAGCUGAAACAGGAAGAGACGUGGACUGGGAAGAAGACAGCGCACUGUCGCACAAUGAUUCAAUGCACUCUGUUUAGGGCUGAAAUUACAGAUUCUUGGAUCUGUAUGUCUAAAUCCAGAGCUCAGGUCAUGUGUUGUUUAGAUAAAAUGAACUUUGCGAUCUCUGGAAAACUGUGGAUUCAAAUUUGCUCCAUCUGCUGUGCUUCAUAAAUUAACUGUGUUAAACAUGUAUCUUUUUUUUUUUUGCAACAUCACUGUAAACUCAUUGUGAUAUACAUAUCUUGAGAAAGAUGAUUAUGAAGUUAUUUGUUAAGAUUAAAGAAAACUGCUUUAUCCUGUGGUAUCCAUAAAUAAUUAAGUGGACUUUGAAGCACAGGGGCCCAGCCAUUCCAACAAUUUAUAUGAACUUUUAUUUGUUCAGUUGUUUGUAGGACCCAUAAAGCCCUGUUGAUUUUUUUUUACCCAGUGUAAUGGUUGUACAUAUAGAUGCAUCUUGAUCGAAGACUAUAUAAAUUGGAUCGUCAUUAGAAAAUGUAUCUUUUUGCAGUGUAAUUUUUGAUAAGAAUGUGUCAGAUUCUUACCAAAGUCUUGUGUAGGUGGUUUCUAGAUGUGUCCCCCCUUUUUUUGUUAUUUCUGUUCCUCUAACAUAUUAAUAUUUUGAAAUAAUAUUACCUUUACAAUAAAAGUAAAUGUGACAACUUG